AGCGGAAAUAAUACUUUAAUAAAAAAGAAGAUAGAUAAAAAUUUAUUGGUCAAAAGCGUUUUGAUGUUCUGUGUCAAAAAUUCAAAAAUUUAAAGAGGUUAGUCGUUAGUAUGAUAGUCUGAUAGUCUGAUGUGAGAUGUGAUAAAAGUUAACAAAAAAUUAUUAAAAUAGAGGUUUUUGAAACAAGUUAUACAAUGUUUACUCCUUCAAAAUAUAAUUAUACGCCUAAAACACCAAAGAGACGAAUAACAACAUUGUCUUCUGCUUCUGAUACUGAAAAAGAUCCCGUAAAAGUUUACUCUAGACUAAUUCCUAAUAAUAAUGUUGAUUCAACCACAUGUAUGGAAAUUACGUCUCCACAAGAAUUGUGCAUUUCGAAUGAGUCUAAAGGCAUUAGAAAAAAUACAUUUUAUAAAUUUAAACAUAUCUUUCCAUCACAUUCCACUCAAAAAGAAGUAUUUGAUCAUAUUGGUUACCCAGUUGUAGAAGAUUUAUUAAAUGGAAAAAACGGUCUCUUAUUUGCAUAUGGAGUAACAGGAUCUGGUAAAACUUACACCUUAACAGGUGAUCCAAAUAACCCGGGAAUAAUACCUAGGUCUAUUAAUACUAUAUUUAAUUCAAUUGAAGGAUUUCAGACCAAUAAAUAUUUAAUCAAAACUGAUAAACUUAAUAGCUUUGAGGUGCAAUCCGAAGAUGAAGCGAAGAAGGAGCAGAUAUUAGAAAAUAAAAUGUCAAUGAAGAUUCCUAAAAAGGGGAAAAAAGCUGAUAAUUUGGCAGCCCCAUUUUUUCACAAUGAUGAUACCAAAAUUUCAAAUUUAAACAAAAGUCGUCAGUAUGCUGUAUUUGUUUCUUACAUAGAAAUAUACAAUAAUAAUGUAUAUGAUCUUUUGGAUGAUGCUAGUGCAGGAAAAAUUCUACAGAAUAAAAUUUUGAGAGAAGAUGUGAAUCACAAUAUGUACGUUAAUGGAGUAGUUGAAAUAGAAGUUAAGUCAGCACAAGAAGCUUUUGAGUUGUUGGUAACAGGCCAGAAGAAAAAGAAAACAGCUUAUACAAAUCUUAACUCAGAAUCCAGCAGGAGUCAUUCCGUUUUUAAUUUAAGAAUUGUACAGUUAGAAAAACUAAAUACUUCCAAUAAUGAUAUAACUUCAAUAGAUCAAAAGAGGAAUAUAGUCAUAUCUAAUUUGAGUCUCACUGAUUUAGCAGGUUCCGAAAGGAGUAAUAGGACUCAGAAUACUGGUGCCAGAUUAAAAGAAGCUAGUAGUAUAAACAAUUCUCUUAUGACACUUAGAACUUGUUUGGAAAUACUUCGAGAAAAUCAACUGAACAGAGGUUCUAUUAAACUAGUCCCAUACCGUGAUAGCAGAUUAACGCAUUUAUUCAAAAACUAUUUUGAAGGGGAUGGUAGUGUCCAAAUGAUAGUAUGUGUGAAUCCUGUCCUAGCUAAUUUGGAAGAAAACUUGCAUGUGAUGAAAUUUGCGGAAAUUACUCAAGACAUAAAAAUCAUUAGAACGGAACCCAAAAGUAUUCAAAAAAGUGUCAGAAAAGGAUCUAUUGUUAAAAAAGGACCCAUCAAGGCAAUACACAACUUUCCUGUUUUUAAAUUUGAUUUAAACAACGUCGAUGAUUGUGGUGCUGCUAUAAAUAACGUGUUGAAAGCAUUAUCAGAUGAUAAAUUCAAAACCAAAAUUUUAGAUACCAAAAUUAGUAACACAAGUAAAGAAUUUAGAAAACGCUUGGUCGAUGCUUUUGAAGAAGAUUUGCAUACCUCAACUGAAAUUAAGAAUUAUAAAAUUCUUCUUCAAAGACAAAAAAUUAAAACAAGAAAUUUGGAGACCAAAAUAGUGCAAUUAGAUGCAGAAAGGAAAAAAGUUCUACAAGCCAACAAAGAGUUUGAGACUGUUAUUCAAACGAUACAGAAUCGAGUAGAUGAGAAACAGUGGAAAAUUAACCAAAACAUUUUAGAAAAGAAAAAUGACAAUGAAAAUAUGGCUCUAGUUGCUGACAAAAUGAAACAGGAACUGGAAAAAAAGCUCAAACAACAGAGAGACUUUCUUAGUCAUUCGCUGUUAAUCAAAGAAGCCGUGUUGAAUAAUGUUAGGAAAGUUUUAGAAACCGAAAAUGUUUCUGGUAAUGAAAAAAUGGAACUCAGGAAUACUUCUCCACCUUCUUAUUUAUACACUACCCCCCAAAUAGUUAUUACCCCGCCGAAUGAAUAUGUUCCAAGACGCCGAUCUAGAUCUGUGGAUGAGGUUUUGGAAAAAAAAUACGUUGAAUCAUUUCUGGAAUCGACUUACCCGUCAUCUAGAAAACGAAAAUCUGAUUUGAUAUUGGAAGAUGUAAGUAACAAACAUCGAGCCUUGACAAAAAAGACAGAAAUUGGAAUAGUACUAUUUAAUAAUAGCCCCAAUAAAACUGUAGAUCCAAAGCAGACUAAAGUUCCAUCUCAUGUAGAGUAAAAGACUUAAAAUAUUUUAAUGUGAUCUAUUGUAGACUGUGAAACGGUAUGGUAGUAUUUUCUAAAUUCUCACUGACUGUGCAAUUAUUUAAAAAUCAAUGUUCGCUUCACAAAACUUCCUUAAUUUUGCACUUUUAUUAUGACCGUCGAUUGUAACAGAAACUUUAGUUAGUACAAUUUAGAAUUAUCGUAGCUUUGUGAAUCUUCACUUUUAUUAAGUUAGCCAUAAUUAUAUGAUUAUUUGUCUUUAUUUGGCUGUGCAAGGCUCUGUGGGUUUUGACCUGCUCUACAAUUCUACCCCAUUUAUACUUUUUAUCGAGUAAACUGACUAGAGUGGUGCAAGAUCUUAUGUGAAAAACUCAAUUCCCCAAUUCUUUUCUAAUUGAUAAAAUAAGUAAGGAGCCAAAAUAUGAAAGCCAUAUGUCACUUGGAAGGAAGUGCUCAAUACUGUUUAAAUAAUGAAAACGGGAAUAUUUUUAUCGAUUUUUGAAAAAAAUACAAGACAUGUUAGGAUACAAAAACUUAAUUUAUUUGUUUAUUUUACAUUGGAACCCAUGUUUAAAAUAAGUACAUUUUAUAGUGAAGACAAUAAUAAAACUGAACUCUUUAAAUUUUGACUUUGGAAAUGGAUGGUUUCUGUAGGUUUUCUAGAACGGCCUUCUUUGUUGGCUCAGUCAGGACUUGUUUUCGAUUAGCCUCUACAAUCUGCAGUAACAGCUGUUGUUCGUCCUCAUCAUUUAUUGUGAGUUUGUUAAAAUCUUGAAAUAGUUUUACACCUCUUUCUGCGAUGUCGACCACUUUGAUUUUAUUUAUUGUAUUUUUUGCCCCUUUAAACUCUGGGUCCUGUUCCCAUUUACUUGGGUGAUUGUUUAAAAAGCUUUGCAUAAUGUUUAGCUUAGUAAACAACAACAUUAUUCUAGUAUUAGCAAAAUCUGUCAAAUUAACAUUCAUCACUUAGGAAAUCGGCAUUUCCUCUAAUUAUCCUUGCCGGGACAGACAUCUUAUUCAUUAUGCUCACUUUGUUUUCAAGGCUCACUUUAUUGGAAAAAAGUGAUAACCCGUCCAUUUCGUCAGAUAGGUACCACAAAUGUGGCUUCAAGGCUUUUUUGAUAGUUUUAGCUAUAUCUUCAUCAAUGACGCUAGAUUUCCCAGCCUCUUUCCAAAAAAUUAGGUCGUUGAAAGCUGCAUUGGCGCUGAUUGGAGCCUCAACCCGUUUUCACAUACAAAAGAGCACCGAAACGGAUAAUUCUGUCGUCUAAGUUUUCUUUCUCCUUGUUUGUGAGAUGGUAAACUCCUUGACCUAGGAAAAGGUUAUACGCAUAAAUAAACUUAGCCAUUCACCGAGCGUAGUGUAUAGGCCCAGGUGCUCUCCAGUGAAUUUUUUCUAUUGAUUGUCCCAACACCAACAGCGUCAGUUCAAUAAGUUCGAGGUAGUAAUUUUGAGGCUGGUCUUUCUUACUAAGAUGAUGUAGCAAGGACUCGAUGGCACUGUUUUUUUAACUCAGCUUCUCCAGGGAGAAAAAUUAAUGGUGUGUAAUCUGAUCGAUCAACUGCAUUUCAUGAUUCCAUCAACCUUCUAAAUAUGGGAAUUUCAGGAGAGCUUGAUGGUCCCAAACAUAAUGAAAAUACUUUGCUCAAAAUGAUUUCCAUUAUGUGAUGGCGACAAAGCAACCAUAUAAGUUCUUCAUUCAACUUAUUUUCAAGGAAAGUGCAUGCACCACUCUUAAGACCAAUAUUGUCGGCUGUUGUGUCAAAGCCCAUACCAAUGAUUUUAUCAUCGAGAUCUCAUGUUUUAAGAGUUUUAAGUACUGCAUCUCCAGUGUUCAAACCUGUUACACUAGCCAAUUUUGGCACCCCCAGUAGUUUCUAAUUUCCACCAGCAUAGGAAACUAGCACUGGUAGUCUAUCUACCUUUUGUGAACAUAAAAUGUCGGGCAGGACAGCUGUCCCAAUGAACAACAAUUGGUUCUUUGAUAUUUAAGUUUGAUUUAAUCUCUGUCGAAAAAUUCUGUCUUGCUGCUUCUCGUUUCCUUUUUACAGAACUUCUUGAAAGCGGUAAUUCCGCAGGAUCAUGUCCAAGUGCGGCAGCAAUAGGAAAGAUAAGCCUUAUGACUUCACGAUCGGAAACUUUAUUCCUGUCUAAAGCCGCUGCCACAUUCAUGUCAAAAAGGCUCUUCUUAGCCUUUGGUUCAUAAACGUCUUCGCUUUUGCCUUCUAAAACUUUGUUUAACUUUUUUUUCUAAACUUAAGUGUUUUACGGAAAUUUAUGAAAACUAAAUGUUGUUGAGCACUGCCUUCCAUAUGUUCUAGACUGUUAAGAUUUGGCAUAGAUUAUUCUUCUAUUAGAUAUAGGGUCCCUAGGUCUCUAAAAAAACCACCCUAACACUGACCACCCUGUUUUGGACCACCCUAACACUGACUCACAUAAUUUUUAAAUCAUUUUGGACGCUCUAUAACCAACGUUUUCUAGAACAUCGUCGUGGUAUCUUUUUGCCGGUCUUCUAUCCGGUGGUAUUUUCUAUUCGGUUGGUCAUUCGGUGCAAGUGAUCUACUCAACGGAUUCUAUGAGAUUCAAUUUAACAUCUCCAAUAUCGGGCGUGCUCUAUCACGCCAUAGAGUCUAAAGCUCUUACGGCUUCUUUAUAUUAUAAUUCUGCUGCCCAAUAGAUCCAAAAAUAUUUCACAGUACCUUUUCAUAGUAACGUUUCAGGUCGUAUUCCUCUUUCUUCAUAGAGUCCAUGUUUCAAAAUAAUCAAUCGCAGUAUUUCAAAAUAAUAAAUUACAAUAGGUUUUAUUAGGGCCUUAUAUAGUUUGUGAGUAAGGAUUUUAAAAGUUAUCAGUUUCUUGUUUGCAUAAUAUGCUCUGCUUCCAUCUUUGAUUACUAGAGAUCCUAAAUAUGUAAAUUCUGCUACUCUUUCGAAGGUGUUAGCGUGUCAGAAUCUGUUUGGAAGGAGUUUCUCUUUUAAUGGGGACCUAGUAUGCCUCGAGUACAAUGAUUUUACCGCACAUGUUUUUAGUAUAUGGCAAGAAAAUACUUUUAGAAUAUUCCAAGGAAGGGCUAUUUUUAUUAAAUCUAUUUAUACAUUCGUGUCAUUUUGUUAACCGCUAUAUUUAAUAAGAAUAAACCACAAUUUGAAUUAAAAAAACCUUCUAUUUUCGGAAAUUUCUAGAACCAUUUCUGAAGUAGAAAUUGAAUCAUAAAAUGUACUGUAUUUAAUUUAUUAUAGCUAUGUUCUUAUUUCUAUGUUCUUAUUGUAAGCAAGUACGUUGCUAAGGUAUUGUUAAAGCCUUACAUAUUUCUUGUGAAACAUAAUUGAACUAUAAAUAGUCUUAAAAUAUAUUUAGACCAUAUUUUAAAGAGAAGAUUUUAGAAAAUACUACCCGUACUUAUUAAUAUUAAAUUAGUAUAUAAGUGAUAAAUGAAGAUUUAAACCUUGUUACAGAGCUUUAUAUUUUAUCCAAAUCAAAAUAUUCCAACCAGAAUAUAUAAAAUAAUGGUAUACAAAAAUUAAAAUGUAAUCAAUACAAUGUUACUGUCAGAUUGUGUUUAUACAUAUCCUUAUAAUUACUGCAUUACUACAUUAGUACAAAUGACUGUACAAUGUCCAAAUCUGCAACAAAAUAAUGGAAAGUAAAAUAUUUUUUGUUAUAAAAAGGUUCAAAUUAAAUACUCGCGAUCACAAAAAUCGGGUCACUCGAUGAAUUAUACACGUUUGAGGUCUCGAAUUUCCUGAACCUGUUGUCCGAUUUGACUGAUUUUUUUAGUAUGUUAUAGCCUUAUUAUUUAAGAAUAUCAACGUAACAAUAUUGUUGCUAGACAGUUAAAUGUCAUUUUCUACCGGGUGUAACAAUCAUACUGUGUUUUUUCCUUAAAGUUCGGAACACUCUGUGGAAUAUUAUAGCAUAAACAAAAUAUUGAAAUUAAAACUCAAUUGUAGCCUUAGGCUUUCUUAACAUUUUCUUUUUUGGUUUAUUUGCUUAUGUUAGAUAAUAAAUAAAAAAGUUAGGUACUUUAACAACUAGCCAUGUUCUUCAUCAAUACAGGGUGUUUCUAAAUAAGUGCGACAAACUUUAAGGAGUAAUUCUGCAUGAAAAAAUAAUGACCGUUUGCUUUAUAAAGAUAUGCACGCAAAUGCUUCAUUUCCGAGAUACGGGAUGUUAAGUUUUUUCUUACAAACGAUUUAUUUGUUGCUGUAAAACCGGUUGAGAUAUGCAAAUGAAAUUAAGUAGGUUUUAAGAGGUAGUUAUUGCUCAUUUUUGACAUACAAAUAAGAAUUUUAUAUUCACCAUUGGCGUGCAUACGAAUUGUAUCUAAGAUGUUUAUACCCGUAUGCACGCCAAUGGUGAAUAUAAAAUUCUUAUUUGUAUGUAAAAAAAUGCGCAACAAUUACCUCUUAAAACCUACCAAAUUUCAUUUGCAUAUCUCAACCGGUAUUAGAGCAACAAAUAAAUCGUCAGUUUGUAAGAAAAAACUCAACAUCCCGUAUCUCGGAAACGAAGCAUUUGCGGGCAUAUCUUUAUAAAGCGUGUGCGUGUUUUGUGUUUUAUUUGCACUGGUUUUCACAACCAACUGGUCAGUCAAUUUCAUAAUGAUUUUAUAACUUAUCACUAACUCAGAGGAGUAAUGUGUGUGUGUGUUGAGUAAGUGCCUUGUUACUUUGCAAAGUCGACGUCGUUGUCUUUGCAAAGAGACACUAAUUGUAUCCGAACGUCUGCGGUCCCUCCGGUGAGUACCGAUCCCACAAGGACAGAAACUAUUUUCAUUUAUUAAUUUAUAAUAAACGAAAAAUUUCUGAUACUGGUGAGAUUCGAACUCACGACCAUUCGGACCUUUCGAUCCAAAGGUAGGCGCUCUUACCACUGAGCCACAAAGGGGGUAAUUAUUUUUUAAUGCAGAAUUACCCCUGAAGUUUGUCGCACUUAUUUAGAAACACUCUUACUUAAUUUAUGAAGAACAUGGCUAGUUCUUAAAGUACCUAAUUUUUUUAUUAUACAACAUAAUCAAAUGAAUCAAAAAGGAAAAUGUUAAAAAAGUCUAAGGCUACAAUUGAGUUUUAAUUUCAAUAUUUUAUCUAUCCUAUAAUAUUCCACAGAGUGUUCCGAACUUUAAGGAAAAAACACAGUAUGAUUGUUAAACCCUGUAUAAAAUGACAUUUACCUGUCUAGCAACAAUAUUGUUACGUUGAUAUUUUUAAAUAAUAUGGCUAUAACAUCCUAAAAAGAUCACUCAAAUCGGACAACAGGUUUAGGAAAUUCGAGACCUCAAACGUGUAUAAUUCAUCGAGUGACCCGAUUUUUGUGAUCGCGAGUGUAUGAUUCAGAGACCCAAGUCAUGAGAUAUUUAUUUAUUUAAGUAGCACCUGUAGUAGUUUAAACUGCUCGUCAAAAGUUAGGGAUAUAGAAAAUUAUGCUGAUUUUCAUAGUUGAUUUUUUCGCGAACAGACGGAUUCCGCUAUUUUUUAUUAUUUUAGCCUUUUCUUUAGUAUUUACACAGUUGUGCAAAGGUUUACUCAAACUUAUUUUUUGUACUUAUACCGGGUGGAAGAAAAAAAUAUGUUUUUCUUGUGUUAAGUUUGAGUGUAGGGAGAACGAGGUACAAAUGUGAGUAUUCAUCAGAAUAAUAUUGUAGUCUUAUGUUUUGUGAACAUGCUGUUGUUUGAAUGUCCCCGAUAUCUUUAGAAACAAAAAAAAUAGACGGUUAUGUAAUUUAACAUGUGUUUUAACCGAAACAAAAGUUUGAGACACCUUGUAGGGAGAAAAAGGCACACAGGUGAGUAUACCCCGAUAUUAUAUUGUAGUCUCAUAUUUUUUGAAUAUUUUAUUUUUUUAAUUUUUCUGAUAUCUUUAAUAACAAAGAAACUAGACGGUAUUACUCUUUAAUAUGUUUUUCUAUGUUUCACGCAUCAGAGGUAUUAAAAAAAUAAAAUAUUCACAAAAUAUGAGACUACAACAAAAUAUCGAUUUAUACUCACCUUUGUGCUUUUUUCUCCCUACAAGGUGUCUCAAACUUUUGUUUCGGUUAAAACAUAUGUUAAAUUACAAAACCGUCUAUUUUUUAUUUCUAAAGAUAUCAGGGACAUUCAAAAAACAAAAUGUUAACAAAACAUAAGACUACAAUACGAUUUCGAUAUAUACUCCCAUUUGUACCCAGUCCUCCCUACAGGGCGUCUCAAACUUAACAUAAGAAAAACAUUUCUUUUCUUCCACCCGGUAUAAGUACAAAAAAAAGUUUGAGUAAACCUUUGCAUAACUGUGUAAAUACUAAAGAAAAGUCUAAAAUAAUAAAAAAAAUUAGCGGAAUCCGUUAAUCUGUUCACGAAAAAAUCUACUAGUCGAACCCGCUUAAUAGAAUACCUCUUAUAGGAAUAUCCCGCUUUAAGGAAUAUAAAUUUAAGGUCCCAAAACUUUUCUACUAGCCACGAAUGAUCGGUUAUUAGAAUAUCCCGGUUAUAAGAAUACUUUUGCUUGGCACGAAGGCUAUUCCAAUAUGCGGGUUCGACUGUAUAAAAAUUCAGCAGAAUUUUCUAUAUCCCUAACUUUUGACGAGCAGUUUAUAUUCCCACGAUAUACAUACAGUUAUUCCAUUUUUUCAGUAUUUAUGUUCAAUAUUUUUUAAACCUUCUAAAUAUUCUAUAGGUGGGUCCAGACAUGCUCCGAAUGCCGUAUCGAACCUCGUCGCGACCAAUCGAAGCGAUCAACCGAGGUUCGUGACGUUGUUGCUCGGGGUCUUGAAUUAAGCAACGAACCGAACUUCGUAGCGAACAUUGUGACGUUCCAUCAGUAAUUGCCUUAAAACCGUACAGCAGUAUACCCAGCUUUUAUCUCUCUCUUGGCGUUUCCCCAUUACUGAGGAUCGUGAUUUCUUCCAAUAUUCCUAACAAUGUUUCUCCAUUGGUCUCUAUCUUCAGCUGCUCUAAGAGCUUCGCAGAAUGAGUUUCCAGCUGAAUGCUUUAUUUGGUCAGACCAUCUAGUUGGUGAUCAUCCUCUUGAUCUUCUCCCCGGAACGUUUCCAGAAACAAUUAAUCUCUCCAAACUGUCGUCACCUCUGCGAACCACGUGACCAAAGAAUUGCAGAAUUCGUUGCAGGCAUAUUGUGGACAGCCUUUUUUAAUAUUAAGUUGGUUUAGAAUAGAAACGUUUGUCCUAUGAGCUGUCCAAGGUAUGUGCAGCAUUCUUCUCCAGCACUACAUCUCAAAAGCAUCAAUUUUUUGGCGCUCGCAUGCGCGAAAAUUACAAGUCUCUGCUCCGUAUAGAAAUAUUGAGAAUACAAGGGCAUUCACCAGUCUCAUCUUGAUAUUUUGAGAGAUAGAUCUGUCUUUCCAAACUUUAGUUAGGCGACUCAUCGCAUUUUUUGCCAUACCAAUACGUCUCCGAACUUCUGCUUCCCAGUUACCAUCGUUAGUUACUAGACCCGAGAUAGACAAAGGUGUUUACUAUCUGGUAUUCCUGUAACAUGUUAGUCAGUUGAAUAGUGUCGAAUCUGUCGACCACCAUUAUUUUUGUCUUAGCUUAACAUACGAAUAGUUUUUGACUGGAAUGUCUGUAGUAUUUUGGUGUUGGAUGGUUUGCUACAGCCCCACAGCUCGAUUCCGUAUGUCCACACUGGUUUGAGUAUUGUUUUAUAGAUGGUCAGUUUGUUUUCUAAUGAAAGUUGCGAUCUUCUGUUGAUUAGCCAGCUCAUAUUUUUACCUUUUAGGUCGCGGUGUCGUCGUUUGGCUGCAAUAUGUGAUUUCCAAGUAAGUUUUUCGUCUAGAUGAAGGCCCAGGUACUUUACUUCUGUUUUUAUUGGUAUAGGUGAAUUAUUUAGGUGUAGUUGUGGACAUCUAAUUCUUCGAUUUGUGAAAUUUACUUGACAAGACUUGUUUGUGUUGACGUUUAUUUUCCAGCAUUUAAGCCAGUCUUCUAGUUCAUUGAGAUGAUUUUGAAAUUUGUUAAAUGCUAAUAUUUCGUUGAUGUCUAAUGCCUUCUUUAUAAAUGAGAAUCAUUAAAACUCUCAAAUUAAAAAAUGAUCAUAGAAUACAUAAAACAAAUCUUGAAAAUUUAAAAUUGGAGAAAUAAUUUGGAAGAUUUGAGUAGAAUGCAAUGUUACUUGAAAUGUUUAUUGAUUAUUGAUAUCAUUUUUUUGUAUAUUUUGGUUCAUUAUUUUUAACGUAAGACUAGUCUCAAUAUAUUGUCUUUUUGUAGAUGAUUAGUGAUAUUUAUAUGUUGUUUUAUUAUAUAUGUUUGUGAUAGAUAUUCUGUUUAAGAAACUAACCAAAAAUUAUAGUCUAAAAUACGAUAUAAGGUCGAUCUGCACCGAUCAGUUUAAUGGAUAAAAAUUAUUGGAUAUGUAGUUUAGUAUGUUGACAAUUAUAAAAAAGAGGGGUGCCCGAUCUAAUUUUGUUCUGACUAUAAUUAAUUAAUAAUGAAAAAUGACUUUUUUUAUAAAUUAAAAAACAAUUCGACCCGGGCAGAUGUUUCAGAUUUUUUGGAUCAUUCUAAACAAAAAAGAUCUUUUGUAAUUUUUCGCUGAAAGUAUUUUAAAGUUUAUCGUUUUCGAGCUAUAAACAAUUUAAAAUUGACCAAUUUCAAGACACAAAAACAUAAGUAAAAAUAUCAUUUUGAAAUUACGAACUACCUAAAUUCAAGUUCAAACCUCACUAUAUCAGUUGUUGACAAGUAUUUUGGACUUAUUAGCCCGAUCGCUCGUCUUCCCAUAGGGAACAUUCUUCAUUAACAAUUAAAAAAAUAUAAUUUUGAAUAAAACGUGGCAAAAAUUCUCAUCGGGACGUGAUAAAAGAUUUGAACUUGAAUUUAGUCAAGUGUGCCUCGAAGUUUUAAGGGGGUGGGGGUUAUGGUUUGAAAUCAACAUCUCGUCGAGGUUAUCUAUGAAUUUCGUCAGUCGAUUUUACGACAAGCUAGAGUCGUCAGGCGCACUUAAGUACCUAUAUUUAUCAUCAGACAAUUUUAUUUGUGUAUUUUUUAAAUAAUUUUUAAGCUAUAUAAUUAAAAAGGAUAGCAGUAUUUAUAAAUUUUUGGUAUGUCGUAAAUGGAAAAACGCACCAGAACCAAAAAAGUCGCGGAGGAAAAUCGUGUCAUAAUUGACCUAAUGAAGCGAUAUUCAAAGUUUGAAGAGAGUAUCUAUCAUAAACUUUUUUGCCGACGGGCAUUCUAACUACACGCUGUGGCUAUUAUUUUUUUAAUGCUUAGAUACAAUACUGUGACAGUAUAAUGCUAACGAAUCAGUAUGCUCUCUCAAUUUUGACGGUUUCAAUUUUGCAAUUCACUCUGCAUUCCUGAGACAAAAUGUUGAAUGCGCGACGAUAACGACCCAUGAUACAAUAACCCAAGAUAUGACACGCAGCGUUCCUAAUUUCGUUCAGGUCGCGCAUGACGUCACGUUGUGAGUAGAUCCUUUACAUUUCGAAUGCAUUGCCAUUAUGAUUUGGGGAUUUUAGCUUUUAAUAUCAGUUGUGAAAUUUUCGAGAAGUUCUGUUUUGUUUAGUAUGAUUAAAUAUAAUUAUUGAGAACAUAAUCUAAUGAUAGAAAUCAAUUACAAACAUGAUUUUUUAUUAUUAGGCAAGAUACGUCUCAAUAGGUAUAUAUUAUACUGUAUAAUACACAGCGUUGCUCUCUACUGUUGUUCUGAAGCUAUUUUCUUGUGGCAUUUUUGUAAUUAACUAUUUGUAAUAGGAAAUAAGCCACAAUUUUACCAAAAAAACGAUUUUAUUAACGUUUCGACGUCCAAAUCGGAUGCCGUUCUCAAAAUACAAAAAAUAUUAAAGAAUUAAACAAAACUGUUGUUGCUUAGUAAAAAAUUUUUCUAAUAAUUUAUUUAAUCUGACUCAUUUAUAUCGGCAAUUCAGACAUAAUAUAUUAUACAUUUUAAAGUAGAAGACUUUAAAAUGAUAUUCAUGCCUAUUCUGUAACUCAUUUCGAUGAUAGAAGUCAGUAAAAUCGAAUAGAAGUGACCAAGUCGAAUAGAAAUAGUCCAAAUCCGUAUUCCAUAACUACUUCGGAAUCUCUACAAUCGUAAUGUGAAUAGAAAUCACUUCGACAGCAUUUACCCUGUCGAGAUGAGAUUUCGAUUAUCGGAAUUGUGGUUGACGCAAGCGCAUUUUGUUUUGUUUUGACGUUUAUAUUUUAUAUAUAAAAAUAAUUAAUUACAUACUACUUAUUUAUAAUUAUUUAUAGUAUUUGUACCUUUUUUUAGCUGCUUAAUUUUUAGUCUGUGGUGUUAUUUGUUUAGGGAACUAUAUAUAUUUCUUUUAGACAUGUACGAGUAUGAAUAAUUGGACCUAACCUUAUUUAUUUGCUACUUGGCGUCUGAAUGUUUCCCAUUCACAUUGUUGCCAUAUUUUGUUCGCAUAUUUCUUGUACAAUUGCAAUCAAUGGUAUAAUGCACAAGAAUAGCAUACGAUAGACUUCUUAUGCGUUAAUUGAUAAAUAAAUAUUAUACCAGUAUACUUGUAUAUUUAUCAGUCAACGCUCAUAGUCUGAACAAAUUAUAGAAAAGAUGCCAUUUUUGGGAAAAGCUGUUUAGCAGUUAUUUCAACUGGAAUAGAAUCUUAAAGAUUGCAUAUUAUUAGUAAUAUCAAUUUUAAAUAAGUUAUUAAUAAUAAUGAAUUAAUAACAUCAAUUUAAAUAUCUUUGAUUUGAAAGUAUUUAUACUUCUUAUCUUCACUUGUCUUUUUUAUUUAUCAGUUUAUCUUCUUUUUUAUAUCAAUUUUAAUUAACUUUAAUUUAAAACCAUUUAUCCUCUUUUGAGCUUUUUGCAUCCAGUAUUUACACGAAUAUUUUAUUUACUUCUCAAAACUUUGAGGAUAGUAUGAAGAAAGUAUGAAAACAUUGAGGAAAUGGCAACGGUGUCAUAUUUCAAGUAACAAAAUAGGUCACAGAACACAAUUUCGCUGGUUACUGCGCGGUUGCCACCUCCUCAGAACAGCGUGAAAUAGAAGUCAUAGAUUUCGAUUACGAUAUGAGUUACAGAAUACCGAUCCAAACACAAAAAUGACGCGAUAGAUAUCAAACAUUCCGAUUUUGGGUAAUUACGAUUCGACUUGGUCAUUUCUAUUCGAUUUGUUAAAAGUUACAGAAUAGGGCUGAUUGCCAAUUGUUCAUUCGAUUACAUGAAAUCAAUCCCAACUCAAGUAUAUCCGUCACAAAAAAAAAUCAUAGCAUGUGAUCUGUCUUUAAAAAUGCAACCACAUGACUACAUGCAACGGUGACAGUAAAAUUCUCGCAUUAGAGAUUCCAUAGUAAAUCACGAGUGAAAACCAGGAAAAAACCUCGUAAUACUAUCAUGACAUCGUAAGUAUUAGGUCUUACUAAUAUUAUUGUAAGUAUUAUAUUAGAAUCUGGUCUUAGUUUUGACAGUAAACUAAAGUAAGACCUAAUACUGACGAUGUCGGGAUGGUAUCACGAGGUUUUUUCCUGGUUUUCCGUCGUGAUUUAAUCUGGAAUCUCUCACGCGAGAAUUUUACUGUCACCGUUGCAUGUGGUUGUAUUUUUAAAGACAGAUCACAUGCUCUGAUUUUUUUUGUGACGGAUAUUCUUGAGUUGGGGUUGAUUUCAUGUAAUCGAAUGAACAAUUGGCAAUAUCAUUUUAAAGUCUUCUACUUUAAAAUGUAUAAUAUAUGUCUGAAUUGCCGAUAUAAAUGAGCCAGAUUAAAUAAAUUAUUAGAAGAAUUUUUUACUAAGCAACAACAUUUUUGUUAAAUUCAUUAAUAUUUUUUGUAUUUUGACAACGGCAUCCGAUUUGGACGUCGAAACGUUAAUAAAAUCAUUUUUUAGUAAAAUUGUGACUUAUUUCCGAUUAAAAAUAGUUAGUUGCUCUCUACCAGAAUCCACUUCGCCUUUUCCCGCUUUGGCUAAAUUUUGGGAUGGAAUUUUUUUUCAUGGAAAAGCUUUUUUUUAAGGCAUUGAAAAUUUUUAGGAGAAUAUCCAAGCAGCUCUUGUUUCAGAUUGCGUUCAUAAUCGUCGCUGUUACAAUGUAUUGAACAGAUACGAGCGUUGUUAACGUUAAAAUUGUCUGCACGUUUAUGUUUACAUAAUUGUUUUCACACACAUCGCACUUUUUUGUCUUUUGGGAAAAUAAAAAACUUGAUAUUCGUAUCGAAACCUUGUGAUUGAUUGUCCACAUUACAACCAAAUACGGCACACCUCAUUUUUAAUAAAUGUUUAACAAAUUACAAGUAAAAUUCACCUUAAACAAAAAAAUAAACACCGUUUACUAUACGACCACACUGAAUUUAAUGCUGUUCUACUCACAGAGUGACGUAGCUACGUAGGCCCCGCCCACCGACUCCAUAUCACAUCUUCAGUUAUUGUAUCAUGAUAACGACCAAUCACGGCAAAUGAGCGACGAUAACGACCAAUCAUGGUAAACGUAGGAUGUCGUUAAGGGGAAAGGCGUAAAAUGUCGCCUGUCAAAAUGUUCAAUGUGUUUUAAAUGUAUUCAUUUUUUUCGAAUCCUGGGAAAACUAAUAAAUAUUUUUGAAAAAUUUAAACGUACAUAGAAUCAAAUAUUACAUUAUUACUGAGGGCCGAAAGUCCCUGAAAACUUCUAUACUGUUUAUUCUGAUAAGUUACAGGGGUGAAAAUGAAAGAGAAAAUUUAGUGUGGUUUUUAGUUGCAAAUAUUUCAUUCAAAAGAAACUUUUUAUUUAUUUUAAGGGACUUCCGUCCCUCGGUAAUAACGUAAUAUUUCAUUCAGUGUUUAAAUUUUUCAAAAAUACUUAUUAGUUUUCUCAGGAUUCGAAAAAUAUGAAUACAUUUAAAACACAUUGGCAAUUUCGACAGGCGACAUUUUGCGCCUUUCCCCUUAACUGUCAUUCACAAAGGACUAAAAUUUUUGAUGGAUUUGGAACAUGAAAAUGGAACAUAGAGAGCAAAAGAUUCUUCGCGGAGUGACCCUUACUGUGAUAGUGUUAUUCAUAUCUUAUAUUUUGUUAUUUAUUAGAAGUUGCUAGUCGUGCUUAUUAAAUUGCUUUUGUUUAUUCAAUUUUUUAUUUUUACAUCACAUGUCACUCAUUAUUUCAGAAACAGACGACUUAAGAGAAAGCUUAAAACAAGUUAAUUUUAAUGUUUGAAUGUCCAUCAAUUUUGCUACAUGUAUAUGGGUUGAACAUUACGUCAUCAGUGUUGGCGUAAUGACGUAAUCGACGAUUUUGAAGUUAUACUUCUUUAGGCGCGGUUGCGGAAAAAUGUUUGGAGUGAAUUAAAUUAAAUUACUUGACAAAAAAAAGAAGAAUGUAUGUAAUUUAUUUAAUUUAAUAUACAUUUUACUGGUGUCACAAAUCAGAGAACAUGUUUAUUUCACAAAUAAACAUUGCUUUUCGCUUAAAUUAAAUGUUCAAACUUCCAAGAAUUAUGUGGCUGGCGGGAGCUGGCUUGAACAUUGAAUCUAAUCGAAAAGCAAUGUUUAUUUGUGAAAUAAACAUUUUUUCUGUUUUCGGGUAAUAGUAAAAUGUAUUUUGAAUUAAAUAAAUUACAUACAUUCUUCUUUUAUUUUUGUCAAAUAAUUUAAUUAAAAUUUUUUUUUGACACCUUGUAUAAAUAAUUAUGUAAGUGUUUAUAUUACUCAAUAGAGAAUUGAAUAACCUUUCAAAUAAGCUAGCACACGACCCCUAUUCCCAUUUAAAAAAUCAUCGAUUACGUCAUCACGGCCAGAUGGAUGACGUCACUAGUAUGAAAUAUAUGCCAAAAUAUUAUAAUUUAAAAAUAAAAGUCGCCGGUUUAAGAAAUAA